UUCAUUGUCUGUUCCUAUAGGAUGUGGAUUCUUACAUGACAAGAAACUCUGCUUCGGAUUAUGUAUUUAACUGAUUCUGAACGCGAAGCAAUGAAUGCAUUCGAUUAGCGAAAAUAUAUUACAUAGGAAGCGGUGGCGUAGCAGAGCGAAAUUGUGGCGGUGUUCCUUGUAAGUCAAAUGAGCCAAUCAUCACCAGCCUCAUCAUCACCCGUAGCAGCAGCAGCACCACCACCAGCAGCAGUAGCAGGAGCAGGAGCAGCAGAGCAUCAGCAUCAUCAGCUCUAUUUGACCGAAAAGCACCAAUUACGCUAUGGAAAACUGAAUCAAUUGAGGCUUGGAUUUCCAAAACAAUAUGCUGAAACAAGUAUUUGCCAAUUGCUGUAAUUAAAAGAGUAAAAUAACUCAAUUUAAACAGUUUUAAACAUCUAUGUCAACAUAAACAAUGUGGACUAAUCAAUUUAACACUUAUAAACCGCUACAAUCAGAAUUCACUGUUGCAACGUUAGUGAUAAUACGCCGCUCUACGACGCAACUGAUAAGCCUAGCCAGCUACGUCUCUGGGGAACUAGGACUCUAGGAAAACCAGGUGUCAAUUACCGCAGGAAUCCUCCCCUCGCGUCAUAGUCUCGGCAAAAAAACAAGCCUGCUUGUAAUUACCACAUUGUCGACAUUGUAUGUAUUCGAUCGUAAAGGAGAGAGUGAAUUUGUGUGGCUCGUUUCUUGCUUUUAAGGAUUUUUAACAAUCUGUUAAGUGUGGCGCUGCACUUAAGGAACUUCCCGGAAAUAUAUGUUUUGAUCUUAAGGAUUAUACGUAGUGGAAAUAUAUAAGUAUGCCGUUGUACAGGACUCCUCGGCGCACGGACAACAUGGGCUUCCUGCACGUGCUGGUGGCUGUGUGUAUCGUGUGUCUGCUCGUGGUCGUGGUGGUGCUGGCGGCUCUCCUCGCGCGAAAGGUCAUCCGAGAGGGGGAUGAAUUAUCAGAUCGUGUUUGUGAUCAGCCCUACUGCAUCCAGACAGCUGCCAGGCUGUUAGGUUCUAUGCGAAUGGAAGUGGAUCCAUGUAACAACUUCUACGAAUUCGCGUGUGGCAAAUGGGUUGCGGAACAUAGAGUACCCGAGUACAAGGGUUCUAUAGACACGAUGGAAGAGGUUUCAGAUAGACUCGAGAGAGAUAUACAAGACCUUCUAGAGAGCCCAGAUCGUGGAGACAUUGAGCCGGAACGCAUGGCCAAGGUCUUUUAUAGAUCUUGUAUGGACACAGAGUCGAUUGAAAAAAGAGGAAUUGUAGAAAUGCUCAAAUAUAUAUCUGACCUUGGCGGCUGGCCCGUCCUUGACCCAUCUUGGAACGAGACAGACUUUGACCUCGAGGCUCGAGUUGCGCAUGCGCGUCAGUACACAACAAACUACGUGUGGCCCAUACCGCAUGGUAUUCUAAUGGGGUUAAAUAUUCUCAACGAUUACAAAGUGUACGGAAAACACACAAUAUACUUUGACCAGCCGUCCCUUCUGCUGGAGGGCAAGGACAUGUACGAUGAUGGGGCACUCGUGACAGCCUACAUCCGGUACGCCUCCGGUGUCGCCGAGGCCCUUGGCGCCACACCGGAAGUGGCACAGAAACACAUGACAGAUAUGGUUAACUUUGAGCGGGAUCUUGCGAAGAUAUCCGUUGGCUUCGCCGACAGACGGGAUAUGGAGGGAAACUACCGCCGUAUGACCGUCUCCCAGCUUUCCAUCAUCUAUCCACAGUUUGACUGGUUACGAUACUUACAACUCGCGUUCGGAGACGCGGAAGUAACCAUAGAAACCUCGGAACCCGUCGUUUUGUGGAUGAAACCGUACUAUGACGGGUUGUUUCCCUUGCUGAACAGGACCUCUACCAAAACCAUUGCGAACUACCUGGUGUGGAGGCUUAUCACAAAGCAGUUCAUUAGCCUACAUGAGAAAUUCAGCCUUAAAAGACUGGCGUUCAGAAAGGUAACUGAAGGUGUGAAGGAACUCAAGUCUCGUGGUUUACGGUGCUCCGAGAUUACAAACGAGUUUUUGGACAGCGCCACUGGGCGGAUGUACGCCGAGUUUGCAUUUGGUCCCCGACAGAGAAAUCACAUGUUACAGUUGAUAAGUUAUUUGAGAAGAAUCUUCAAGGACAUAGUUCUCCAAAAUGACUGGAUGGACGAGGAAACCAAGGACGCCGCGCUUUUAAAACUUGAGACAAUGAAAUCUUUGAUAGGCUUUCCCGGUUUCAUCUUUAACGACACGGCGAUGGAAAUGCACUAUGCAGAGGUGAACAUGAUGGAAACGAAUUUUUUCGAGAACCUCCGUUACAUGCGGCGGUUUGUUGGCCUCAGACAACUAGCCGAGCUGAGACAGCCUAGCUACGAAAAGUGGCCAGAACGUCCAGCUAUAGUGAACGCUUAUUACCACAGUGGCCUCAACGCUAUAGUUUUUCCUGCCGGGAUAUUGCAAAGCCCCUACUAUGACAUCAACUAUCCAGCGUCCAUCAACUUUGGUGGUAUAGGACUGGUGAUUGGACACGAGAUAACACAUGGCUACGAUGCAUCAGGGCGGGCUUUCGACGAGAAGGGACUACUUGAGAAUUGGUGGAGCAAUUAUUCCACGGAGAACUUUAACAAGAGGUCGCAGUGUGUCGUGGACCACUAUAGUCGCUUCUUCGUGCCAAAUAUAAACCUCACUAUAAAUGGAAAUAUGACUUUAAGCGAGAAUAUAGCAGACAUUGGCGGGAUAAAGCAAAGCCAUUUAGCAUACAAGCUGUGGUUACGGGAACACAACAAUCAUGAUAUCAGACUGCCGGGCCUCACCAGGUUCUCCAACGAACAGCUUUUCUUCAUCAACACAGCACAGUUAUGGUGCUCGAAGUUCACGGACGAGGCCGCCCGGCGGAGUGUGUUCACCAGCGUCCACAGUUUACCUAUGUUCCGUGUACUUGGUGAACUACGGAACUCUCACGAGUUUUCUGAAGCGUUCAGCUGCCCACGUGGUAGCUACAUGAACCCGGAUGAAGAGAAGUGCUCCCUUUGGUGAGAACCUGAUGUAAAAGGUGCUACGUCAUAGACCGGUAGUAAUGUCAUCAUCGUCGACCGAAAGCGUAUAUUCUGGCAAAAUUGGUAUAUAACACAUGAUCAAUAGACAGCGGACAGAGUUGCUAUAGUUCCUAGGAUGGGAACUAUCUCAUAGUUCAUGCAUGUUCGAAUAUACUGGUGAUUCAGUAAAUCAAUGGUCGUGAGGAGGUCUUAUAAAUGCCAGCCAUGGUUAUGACAUGUAUAAACAUUUAGAUGGACAGGUUAAGUUUUUUUCAUCGAGAAUGUUAUUUUAAGGUAAUAUAGAUGUGCGUUUUGUAUUCAUCAUAAUCAUUUUUGCAUUUUUACCUCUAUUUAUAUCAGGUCAAAACAAAUAUGUCAUGUUAUGUAUACAUACUAGUGUGGUAUACUACACAUAUACUACACAUAUACUGCAAAUGCGAUGGUCAUGUUAUAAAUAAAUGAUCUGUACGAUCGAUACUU